AUGUCUAAGGUUACACAGCAACUAAAAUUUUUGAAUAAAAUUAGCGCCACUACAAAGCUACCGCAGAUUCUCGUAGAUCCUAAGAAAUAUUCAGGACUCAGAUUGACUUUCCAAACGAAAAACCACAAUGGUCAUAUGGGUGCUAGAGUCUUUUGGCAUAACUACCUGCCCACUUUGCAAUUCUAUAAUCCAAGAUUGAAAUUUGACGUGAUAAGGAUAAAGAACGAAGACAAGCAAAAAAGUGUUCCGUGCAAACUAGAAAUUUUAUCUCAUGAAGGUUCAAUUGUAGAGACUAUUGAUAUGCGCAAUAAAAUGCACGAAGACAUAAUGAAUGACCUACUUGACAAAAUAGAACACGUCCCUCUUCCUGAAAAAGAGAUUAUAAGAGUUGGAUCGCAAGAAAGUACUGUAUAA